AUUAUUUCCAGUUUCACGGAAAGUAAUCACAUUUCCCUUUACGCUAUUGAGUGAGAAACUAGAUGGACGUCAAACUAAAUAUUCAGAGUAACAAGCCCUUCGUAGACGGGCGGAGCUAAGUGACCGCACACAGCGCAAUACAGGAAGUCAAAACAAGCGCCCAUUCUUUGCAAAAUGGGGAGAGGUGGUAAAUAUCCUGCACAGUAGGCCUGCAUGCCACUAGCUCGGUGAAUAAAUGGGAGCUUAGUAUCGAGAAGCGGUGUGUAGUGUGGUUUUGAAGGACUCUUACACCAGCCUCUUCACAGAUGUUGGUGCGGUGUCUGCUGCCUCUGCUCUGGGCUCUGUCCGCAGAGGCUGACUUCUUCCAGUUUGACAGCAUUUCCAAUGUUUCCACCUAUUAUUUUAAUUACUUUUAUUGCAAUAUAUGGGAGGGAGAUUGUCAGCCUAACCAAGACGAUGCUACACAGCAAGUUCCAACCAGGGACAUCUGGGCAGGUUUACCUCAGGACUACGUUAGCCUGCUGCACCAGUGGUACUGUAGUCUGGGCCAGUGCUGCGAAUCUGGAGACUGCAGGAUAACCAACAAUAUUACAGGUCUGGCGAGGGACCUCCAGAAGAAGCUCCACGGGCAGCACCUGGCUCAGUCUGUGGUUCAGAAAGCCAUCCAGGGUUUUAUCAACAACCCAGAAUCUAACAAACCAUUGACACUCUCCUUCCACGGCUGGUCUGGCACAGGAAAGAACUUUGUGGCACGUAUCAUUGCAGAUAACCUGUACCGUGACGGGGUGAAGAGUGAGUGUGUCCGUCUGUUCAUCGCCCCGUUCCACUUCCCACACGCCAGACUGGUGGACACGUACAAGGGCCAGCUAAGAGAGGCGAUCCGCGACAUGGUGCUACGCUGUCCUCAGACUCUGUUCAUUUUCGACGAGGCCGAGAAGCUCCAUCCAGGCCUCAUUGAUGCCAUCAAACCCUACAUGGAUCACUAUGACAACGUAGAUGGCGUUAGCUACCGCAGAGCCAUUUUCCUCUUCCUCAGUAAUAUAGGCGGAGCCACGAUCAAUGAUGUAGCGCUGGACUUCUGGCACUCCGGUCAAAAUCGCGAGGACAUUGGCAUGGAAGACCUGGAGCAUCGGCUACGAGCUGAAACUAUGGAGUCUCAAGGUGGGUUUGCUCAAAGUGAGCUGAUGUCUGGCCACCUGAUCGACUUCUUUGUGCCAUUCCUGCCUCUUGAGUAUCGGCAUGUCAAGCUCUGUGCACGAGAUGCCUAUGCAGCACGAGGUCUGGAGACAGAUGAAGCAACCCUGGAUGAGGUUGCUAAGGCCAUGCUGUAUGUUCCCAAAGAGGAGAGACUGUUCUCAGCCCAGGGAUGCAAGUCUAUACCCCAGAGGAUCAACUUCUUCCUCCCCUAGAACAAGACAGACAGACAGAGAGAGGGAGAGAGAAGCCUGGAGGAUCUGCUGGCCCAUCUGCAUACAGAGCCACUGAGGAGAUGUGUCUCAUCUGCUCUGCUACACGUAACCCCGCCCACCAAAGAUGCAACACGUAUCUGCCCAGGUCCUCCAGAGAAGGCCAGGAAACAGAUUCAGCAGUACAGGAGAGAGCAGCAGAACCCACCCUGCAGACAAAAGAAGUGCCAGAGUGGUGUGGCUGCUCUUCCUCACCAGCCUGGGUUGAAUCCUCACAGAAUAAACACAAAGUAUUAGAGGACAUUAGUGGUUGUGCUGGGUGUCAUAGAGGAACCCUGAGACAUCUUUUCACACUUUUUUAUGUUAGAUAAGGCCAUACUUCAUGUGUCAGUAUUUGCAUGUCAGACAUUGUGAUUAUAUAAGCACUGAUUAUAAGACUUAGUUUGUGCCAUGUUUUAGCAUCUUACUGUACCAGAUACAUUUUGUGAAGCUGUUUAAAUGCACAUUUUGUUUUACUAUAAGUUGUUAGUAAGGUAUAAUGGGAAUGUGUUGUAAACAGUAUGGAGUGUGUAACAGCUAGCAAACAUGGUGCUGUGAUUACAAUGUUACUUAAAAUAGUUACCAAAAAAAUGUGUCAAAAGUAAUGAAUCUAUUUGAAAGUUGUCUUUUUUUGUGUGUAAAUAUGUUGGAUACAGUGCUUGUAAUUAUUUAUUUAUUUUUGUCUGUAAUGCCAUUGUUUUCAUGUGACCUGAACAGAACCUGACACAGGUCUGGGUAUCUUCAACCCUACAUAAUAUAAAAUUGUUAAUUUGGAGUAUAUUUAACACGUUUCUUCUUAAAAUUUCAUCGACUUGCAUAAUUUUUUGUCAUUCAUCAUUCACCUUCACUUCAUCACACAUACUGUAGGCAUUGGCUGGUCUGCUUUAAUGAUCUUGACUCUCAAGCUCUGAAUCACAUUACAAGAAGGUUAAAAGAAGUCAGCUAUCGAAAUAUGGUUGAAAGAAAAUAAACAUCCACAGUAAAUCAACAA